CCUGCUGGAGGGUAGCUGUUCCCGCGGCGCGACACUUUUCUUUUAGAGCUGCCGCCUCGCGGAGGUCGCGCAGAGGGAGGAGAGAACUGCCGGGGUGUCCCCGCCAAGUUCCAGCUUUGGAGGCAGUAACCCUGAGGCCGACGAUGUGCGGUUGGCGACUGUCUCCAGAUGCACAGGCCCCUGUUUCCUUGGCACAGGCAGGUCCUGAGCUGUAGUUGGAGUAGAUUGUGCCUUCUAAAGCGAUCCCUAUUUACAAUGAAGUUGCAGUCUCCAGAAUUCCAGUCACUUUUCACAGAAGGAUUGAAGAGCCUGACAGAAUUAUUUGCCAAAGAGAAUCAUGAAUUAAGAAUAGCAGGAGGAGCAGUAAGGGAUUUACUAAAUGGGGUGAAGCCUCAAGAUGUGGAUUUCGCCACCACUGCCACCCCUACUCAGAUGAAGGAGAUGUUCCAGUCAGCUGGCGUUCGCAUGAUAAACAACAAAGGAGAGAAGCAUGGGACGAUCACUGCCAGGCUUCAUGAAGAAAAUUUUGAAGUUACUACACUCCGGAUUGAUGUCACCACUGAUGGAAGACAUGCUGAAGUAGAAUUCACAACUGACUGGCAGAAGGAUGCUGAACGAAGAGACCUCACCAUAAACUCUAUGUUCCUAGGCUUUGAUGGUACCUUGUUUGAUUAUUUUAAUGGUUAUGCAGAUUUAAAAAAUAAGAAAGUACGAUUUGUUGGACAUGCUAAACAGAGAAUUCAAGAAGAUUAUCUCCGGAUUUUAAGGUAUUUCAGGUUUUAUGGCAGAAUUGUCGACAAACCUGGUGACCAUGACCAUGAGACACUAGAAGCAAUUGCAGAAAAUGCCAAAGGCUUGGCUGGAAUAUCAGGAGAGAGGAUUUGGGUGGAACUGAAGAAAAUUCUUACUGGUGACCAUGUAAACCAUUUGAUCCACCUGAUCUAUGAUCUUGAUGUGGCUCCUCACAUAGGUUUACCUUCUAAUUCAAAUUUAGAAGAAUUUAACAAAGUCAGUAAAAAUGUUGAAGGAUUUUCACCAAAACCAAUGACUCUUUUGGCCUCUUUAUUCAAAGUACAAGAUGAUGUCACAAAACUGGAUUUGAGAUUGAAAAUUUCAAAAGAAGAGAAAAACUUGGGUUUAUUUAUAGUUAAAAACAGGAAAGAUUUGAUUAAAGCAACAGAUAGUUCAGAGCCAUUGAGACCAUAUCAAGACUUCGUUAUAGAUUCAAGGGAACCUGAUGCAAUUGCUCGUGUGUGUGAGCUGCUGAAGUACCAAGGAGAGCAUGGUCUGCUCAAGGAGAUGCAGCAGUGGUCUGUGCCACCGUUCCCUGUGAGUGGACAUGACAUCAGGAAAGUGGGCAUUUCUUCAGGGAAGGAAAUUGGGGCCCUGUUACAGCAGUUGCGUGAACAGUGGAAGAAAAGUGGUUACCAAAUGGAAAAAGAUGAACUUCUAAGUUAUAUAAAGAAGACCUAAAAUGAGCUCCAUACAAAAUGGUGAAGCUUCAAUUAAGACUAAACGAAGGAAGAGCUAACAACAGUGAACACAACCAUAUUACCCAGGAAACCAGCUGUGUACUGUAGAAGGCCGACCUAUCAGAUUCAGGUUGGAAGCUUUAUACACAGUCAGUGUCUCAUGUACAUAUCCAUGAGGAUUCACAUACGCUGCCAUUGGGCCACAUAAGGAUAAACUGCAACAAAGAAGCAAUAUGGAGAAUAAGAGAAAGAAAAACAGUAAUUCUAAUUUUUCCUUCUUUGGUGUCUAUGUUUUUUAAUGUUUGAAUUUUGUGUCAAAUGUAAGUACAGUAUACAGGAGACUGGCAGAUUUUUUUUUUUUUUUUUUUUUUUUUUUUUUUUUUUUUGAGACAGGGUUUCUCUGUGUAGCUUUGGAGCCUGCCCUGGAACUCACUCUGUAGACCAGGCUGCCUCUGCCUCCUAGUGCUGGAAUUAAAGGUGUGCACCACUAGCACCCAAAGACAUUCUAUUUUUACAUGAAAUUUUUCUUUGAUGAUUCAAAGGGAAACACAUUAUUGUUGAAAAGGUCAUGUUUCUUCAUCUUUGGACAGUUGGCUGCUUUGCAGACAUCAGUUUCCUUACUUGCUUGAUUUAUGACCCUAAUGAAUUUUAUCAAAGUGUUAAAACUACUGUGCAUUAGCACAUAUGCAGAGACAAGCCCUAGUUUGGUCCUAUGUGGCAUAACUAGUUGAAAGAAAUUGCUUGAAGCACUCAUUAUAUCAGAAGAAACAUUAUCUUAAACAAAAAUUGAGGGAAAACAUAUAUAGGCAUUGUGGAUAUUUCUAGACUGGCAGACAGCCUUAACCCCAAACUGAAUCAAUUCCCUAUGUUUAUUUUCCUUGUUGAAUAUCAUUUUUAAACACUGGAGGAGAAAUUCUCAAAGGGAAGUUGGAAAUGUAUUGAGAGGUAUACUAAAAAUAUAAUAAAAAAUCUUACCUAAAUAUUU